GCCGUCCAAAUUCAGCUCAGCAUGUGAAAACGCUCCAAUCCGGAUUGAACAGACACUUAUAGGCGACGAAUAGUAAGCCUUGGAUGUGUGGUGGACUGUUGUUACAUCCAAUGGCCUGGGUGGUGGUAGUAGUAGUGUGUCCGUGGUGCGGUGGUGGUGAACACACUGGAUGGGACAGGACAGCGCUGCAUGGGGGACGCAGGCAGACAGACAGUAGCGGGUACCAGCGAUCGCAUAGCCCGGAGGGACAAAUUGGCUCUCUGGAGAAAUCCUUAGAGCCCUACGGCGCUUCGCGACUGGGAACAGAAUAAACGAAAUCAAUGAACCGAGCAUGAACAUGUCGCAUUUGAGGUAACCAAAGGAUCUGAACACUGGGAGAGAUAUAUCCACUCACACAUACACACACACACACACACAGAGGGAGAGCGAGAGAGAGAGAGAGAGAGAGAGGGCCAUGCACAGACACACUGCUGCUUUGUAAUCACCGUCGUCGCUCUCUCUCUCUCUCUCUGUGUUUAUGUGUGUUUUCAGUGUCUCCUCCUCUCAGCAUGGACUGACCAAAUCCCUCUCCGGAUGAUUUGAUGGGGCUGCUCAGAGUCAUGAUGCCUCCCAAGUUGCAGCUUCUGGCGCUGCUGGCUUUCGCAGUGGCCAUGUUCUUCCUGGAGAACCAGAUCCAGAAGCUGGAGGAGUCCCGGGGAAAGCUCGGUAAGUUUAAACCCGAACCGUAUAGAGCCCGCCCGAGGUCUUCCCCCUUGUUCUGCUCAUCAUCACCCUUUGUUGUGUAUGGUGGUCAACCCAUCACCUGCCUCACGUCAGUCUGGAAAUGUUAAAGGCAUCUGAUUUAAUCUGUGCUGAACCUGCACCACGUUCAGACCCAAAUCUUGAACUAAUGCAUGUAAGACAAUUAGGACCUGUCAUCCUAAUUUGUGCAGUGCAGUGAGGUUAAGGAGCUGCUGCUGGGCUCAGACUGUUCCUCUUUCUUGUUUUUAGGGGUUCACGGUGUGGUCUGUCUAAGGUUAGACGCAGAAACAUGCGUGUUUGUGUCCUUGUUUUGUGUCACUAUCCACCUAUCUGUGUUUUUGAAAUGUAGCUGGCCCUGAUGGGAAAAAGGAGAAUCUGAGAAACUGAAACUUUGGACUGGGUGUUAAUUUUAUAAAGUCAAUUGGCCAUUCAUCCAGUAAAGCCGCCAAGUAGUUGACAGCCUUUUGGAGAACGAAUGAACAGACACAUUUUUCCAACUCUGGUGCUUGCACUUGGGAUGUGAUAUUGCCAACCUGAUGUGAUAUUUCCUCAGUGGAUUUGUACUCCUGGAGGAGUGUGAUUUAAAGUUGAGGUGGUCAGUCAUGAAUCUCAAAUAUAUUCAGCGUGUUUUUGCUUGGAGUAAUUUUAGUAAUACUCUGCAUGCUUGGGAGCGCUCCCCUGCCGCAAAUCCUCUCCUGCCCCUUCACCAAACUCUUCCCUAUGAUUGAAAUGUGGCCGGUACUGCUUUGAAAUCUCAUUUCGGGCUCCCAUCAGGGGCUCGGUCCCAGUAAAGAUCUGGGACAUUGCAGGAUUAUCUCCCUGGUGCUUCUACUGUGGGGAUUUUGUUGGAACAGCAGAGCAGUAAGAGCAGUGUACCUCAGGGGUCCAAAAAGCACCUCUCCUGUCUGGUGGGAGUGGACAACACACAUUUUGAUAUGUUAAGGCAGGAAGUGCACAGGUUUGAAUAUCUGAAUCAUGGCUGCAAGUGAACAAGUAAUCCCAGUGUCUUAUCUCUGUGCAUGCUGGCGUAUUUUAAUGGCUACUCGUGACACUGCAUGUAACUUGAUAUUAUUAGUAACACCUUCUUUACAGUGAGGAGUGUAAAUAUCGGCUGAGUGAUCAUUCAGAAAUUAAACUUGUGUGUUCUCACCACCAUACUGGCAUUAAUCUGAAUGAUUAGAAAAACAUAUAUAUGAGGUGAUAUGUGUAUUUACUAGAAUAUCAAGGAUGCUACAACCAUUCUGGAUAGUCGGAGAGCAAGGAGAACCAUAACUUAAAGGGGAUAUAAAAGGGGAGAAUAACUGAAAAAUGUGACACAGCUGCCUUUCCUUAACUAAAAUAAACACCUAAAUGAUCAAAAGUUAAAUUUUAUCAAAUUAUAAGCAUGAAAAUCAGAGACAGAGCACCACUGCAGUCAAAAUAACAGCAUUUUAUCAUAUUAUCUGACCAAUAAUCAUCAAAAUAUACUUUAACACACAGCAGGAAUCACUUCAUAUUAUAUCAUGAAAAAACAUUUUGUUGCAUUUUUUAAUGUGAAAAGUCUAAUAUUUUGCAACACUUUUUGCAGUGAAAUGCAAACACCUCAUCUUAAAUAUAAGUUGCCACACAUUAAGAUGCCUCUGCACCCAAAAACUAAUAAAUAUGGUAGGGAUGUACUGAUGCAUCAGUUAGAAAUCAGCCCUGUUGACAGAUAUUGGCCUUUCUGCAAAUAAUGUGUCAUGCACUGAUGUCAGUAGUCGAUGUGUAUGUGUUGUUUUGAAUUAAUAGGGGAGAAUGCCCACUGGCUGAUUCAGGGAGGAGGCUUUUAUUCUGUCAGAAAUAGUCAGACAAAGGGAUUUUUUGACAAGGUCACAGGUCAGCGGUUUAGGAGUAUUACACAAGCUUUGAGAAAGAUCAACAACAUGCAGUUUGUUGACCUAACAGGAGGAACUUUAAUAUUUCAAUCACUAUUUAAAAACACUAAGAUUUACAAAGGGUUGUAAAGUUGUAAUUAGGUUGUAACAAGGUUUACCUCGGAGAACUCCAGUCGUUUAGUUAGACUGUAAACAUCUGUCCAAAUAACAUGGAAAUGAGUCACUCUCAGAAUUGGAAUCAGCAAUUGGCCAGAUUAUGAUUUUUAACAUCUGUAUUGCUUCAGAUUUUCACUGAACACAACUCAAAAAUAUCAUACAAGUAGUAAUUCAUAAUGUCAUUAGUUGACAUAAAAUUACUCACUUUAUCAAUAUUGACAAUGUAGUGUCGAGGUAAAUCAAGCAAAAUAAAAGUUACAACACUAAUCUUUCACCUUGAUUUGUGUUUGUCAGGCCUGAAACUCCUUGUCAGUGAAGUGAACCUUUUAAAUGAGUCGAGUUCAAGUGGAUGAGCUAUAAGGGUCAACGUAAAGUUUUACGUUGGGCUUACACAAAGGCAAGCAACAGACAUGUCAGCCAAGUUUAUAAAUCAGACUCUUAAUAUGAUACUCCAAUACUUGUUAAUUGACUCAAGUAUCUCAGCUGAGUUCUCACAUGUCCAAACAAUCAGGAGUGCUGGGCUCACAGAUGGCUAUAUUGGCUUGUGACAUGGUUUACUGCCGCUGUAAAGGGCUAUUCUUUCCACCCAGUGAGACACACAAAUAUAUUUACACACACGCCCUCCCGAUGCUGAAACACAACCUGAGAGGCCUUUCCCCCAACUGCCCACCCCCACCAGAAUCUGUUGACUUGGCACAAAGCGCUCUGAUGGAUGACUGGGCCCAGCAGACGUCUGUAUACUGGAGCUCUGAAUUAUGUGCUGCAUGGCCAAAUAGUUGUGAGUGAGGCUUUCACAGGCGCGGCGCUGACAGACCGCCUCAGGGCCUGACACAUUACCAGGUACGCCUGCUGCAGGUCCAUCUGUGCAACAACAUAAACCCGUAUCAUAGCCACAACAAAAGCAGGUGGUGCCCAAACUCAAAUCACAGUCUAUAAAUAUAGGGGGAAAAAAAGCUGUGUCUGUCACCUUUCUGUAUCAUGUGUUCACAGUUAACUUCAUGCAGGUUUCAGUGUUGGGUGUCCUCUCCUCACAGCGAGGGAUCCUGUCACCUGACACACGUUUGAAUCAUUCCCCCUGUUAGACGUCUCCCGCAGGGCAGACAAGCUGUGAUUCGCUUCCUAGCUAAUCGUCGUCCCCAGGUUUCUCUGAGAAGUCUCCUGCAUUACAAUCACGCCGCCGUGCAGCUGUGUAUCCUGCUGUGGGCCUAAUCCAUUAUUCUGACGGGAUUUCUCUCCGGCUGCUCAGUGGCCCUGCUGCCGGCUGGGUCAACAGUAAUGCGGGCAGACUGUGCAGAGAUGGAUGGGAGGGAAAAUGGAAAUAAAGUUUCUCUAAUAAGGAGCCACAAACAGGGAUUUAAGGCCACUAGUCAUUAACUUCCUCUCAGUUCAGGCGAUUUCACUAACUCACCUUGAAGAAUUUCACCCUGUCUCGAAGUCUAAGGCUGACUUUCCUGUGUUUUCUCAUAACGUCAGACCAGAAACAAAUGCCUGAAUUUGAUUAAACUGUGAUUAGAUCUUCUAAACUAAUUCUGAAAGUUUGCUAGUUUGGUCAAAAGCGGUCCAGGGGAUUUCCCCAAUCUGUACUUUGUUUAAAAAGAAGUAGAAAGACCGUAACAAGAGAGGGUUUUUUCCUGGCAGUUGAAAAAGAGACAAACAUCAUAUCAAAGUAAAAGUAAAUAAAUUGUCUCAUGAUCAAAACCAGACUGAAUGAUUUGUAUUCUAUGUUAACUACUUCUAUGUGGUCAAGUUGGCAUCUGCAUGACUUUUCCGUGGAGUUUAUUCAAAUAAUGAUUUCGUUUUGCAUUUUCCUGUGUGUCAAUGAAUUUGUCAUUGACUCUAAGUUUGAUGGAAAAAUUGCGACUUAGGUUGUGCACGGAGGCUGUAAAUGUAGGGGAGUGUGGGUUCACUGAGAGGACAAGUUCACUAUGAUAUACUGAAACCAUGCAACUAUAACGUACACUGAGAACAUGCGCAGGUGGAACUUGUUUUAAGUUGUCUGUUGACCAUAUAUGGAAAUGAUGAACAAGAUCCUGAAGACUGAGAAAGUGAAGAUAAGAGAUAGUGACACCCAUCAAUCUGGAAACACUACUGUGUAUCUACUUGAUUCACUGUUUGUUAAAUUUACUUUCAUUAUACCUCCUGAACUGUGGUGUCUGCCUCUUGUCAUUUAACACAUUUUUCUAUCAACUGUUAAAGUGCAAAGCUGGCUUGUGUCAAAGCUGCAGGCAGGGUGAGACAUAUCCCUUCAGACUAAGAUUAGAAAAGAUGAUAUUUCAAAACACUAGUGGGGUGCGUUGUGGGAAUCUGUGAUGAAUUAAUAUGAGUAGAAAUCACUCACAGCAGUAGCUCUGAAGCCACCGUUUUUAACGAUCCCUGUCUUUUCUGGCUUAAAGCCUGUUUAUUACACAGAUGACUGCAUCAUUACGUGUGUAACAUCUGUCUUGCUAUCUGCUUUUAUAGAUUCAAGCCGUGCUGAAGUUAUUUCCUCAGGGAGAAUAUUCAUAAACACCAAGAACAGCUCAGUUUUUUUGUUCUUGUGAGCAAAGCUUUUUAUUAACAGCCUUUUUAUCUCUCUGACGCUGUGAAAUUCAGUCAUUUUUAGAGCUUUAAUCUGAAGUUGAUUUAAGAGAUAUUAUGGAAUACUGAGAGUCGUGUAAAUAGACUUAUACAACUGUCACCUUAUGGCUCUUGUAACAGGACUAAAUGACCUCUUCACCCCUGUGCCCUACAGGCCAUGUGAGAGCUGUGUGUCACCUAGCAGGACAGAUAGUUGGAGACUUUUUCACCCCCUGAAUCAUCCCCUUUUUAGCCUGCUGGCCAUUACUCAGCCUGAUUAAAGGAAUUCAAUUUCCAUCUGUUGCAGGGUGAUAUUUAGCUCCAGACACAAGAGGCUCUGUGAUGAGCUCUGAGGGACCAGAGAUGCUAUUAAACGCAGAAAAAGGACAGAGAUGCAUGCGCUCAUUGUCAAAGUGUUUGCCGAGCUGACGCAAGACUUUUAAGCAUUCAUUUGUCACUAUUUGAAUUUGGAGCCCGUUGCUCCCUGGCUGGGGUUUGAAUUUGACUUUGAUUGUCAUGCCAAGCACUCACAGCCUGCAGCCCACCCUCAGUCUCUGCCGCAGAGGGACCUGGGGAUCUAGUCGGGGAUUUGCUCUUGAGAGGACACUGGCAUUAAGCAUUGUAAUGUAGUCCAGCAUGUCCAUUUGGAUUGGACGGGUCUUUGCGCAAUCUUUCAGGCCUUUUUACUCAUGCUGAAUUUUUCCAACUUUGUAGAGUUUGGCUGCACGAGUGAGUGCAAACAGCCAAAUUUGGAAAUCCUGACUGUAUUCAGGCUUUUUCCAGCAACCUCCAUAAUGAAAUGUCCAGGAGAAGUCAGAUGAGCUGUUGUGAGAAUGCAGCAGGUGAAACUCUUGAAUAUGAAUCCCAGGUGAGUGGGUAGAGGACGAAGAGGCUGAUGACUGAGCACAGUUUUUCUGCUUUAUACUCCUCACAGCUUGUCUCAGUAGGCUGCUUCAUUGUUUCCUCUGUUCCUUUUGUCUUGCAGAAAUGACCUGAUACAUGAUAUUGUGACAAAAACCGUCACCAUCUCUUCCUGUCUUUCAUGCACUAGCAUCCCCUCCCUAAACCCUAAGGGAGCCUCCCCAAGAGGAUCAAUAAAGUUCCCUGUAAUCUAAUCUUAUCGAAAGUACAACAAGUCAUGACAGCGUGGUUGACACGGAUAAUCUUUGAGGUGUGUAUAAAAACGGCUCCUGAAAAUGUAGGUCCUGACUCUCCAGAGUUAUCUUUAGGAAAUGUUGAGAGUUGAUGUGUAAAAAUUCAACCGAAAAAGGCUUCCAGUUGCGGUUGUGUGCUGAAAUAUAAAUUUAUUGAUGAUUCAAGCAGCUACCUGUCUUUUUGGAUUCCCACACAUUUGUUAUGAAGUGCGUCAAGUAGUGUGUGACUCACCCAGGAGGCCUCAACAGUAAAAGUUGGCUUCCUGUCAAAACCAAUUAGUGACACUAAGCACGACUGUAGCAAACCUCAACCCCCUGAAUGUGCACCUCGAUUUUCUUCCUUCUGUUGUUCUCUUCUUUUUUUUAUCCGAAGAUAAAGCACCCAGAUUUCCUUCUGAACUCUUCCUCACACCCCACAUCUCUGCUUUUAGCCUCUCUGAGGGGUAUAAUGGGCGCAUGACUCAUCCGCCUCACUGCACGUUGGCAUCUGCUACCGUAAGAAUCUGGAAGCACCCAACGCCUGGACCUGGCUGUUCAGUCGCUCUGUGCAGCAUGCCAAGUGAGCGGCUAAUGGACACAUACCCGCAGCUGAGAUAGCGUAGGUGUCAUGGAUGGAUCUGUUUUUGGGGGACAGCAAGGAAGAGUACUAAAGGUGGUACUGGUCUUGGCUCUAUUGUUUAAAGUGGGCUUUGAUUAGAGCAGAGGAGUUAUAGCUCCUCCUGGCGUGCACUUUUGCCUGACAGAGAAUGUGUUCCUGCAAAGUGGCGCGCAGCAGCAACCAGAGCCGGCUGCUGUAGCAGGAUGACAGACAGGCUAAUCGGGGUGUUAUGGACGGUUUCACACUCUGGAUGUAAUUGGAGGCCGUUCUAGAAGAACACCUCACUCCGUAGCCACCCAUCACUCGCCUCAGCUGGCCUCUACCCAAUAUCCCCUCUGCCCCCCCUACCUCAUAGACACACUUUCUCCUCCUCACAGACUCCUCUCCGUCUUCAUUUCUUCCUGUGACACUGUUUCUUCAGAGGUGUUCGAUCACUCAUCUCCAAGAUUCAGGCUUCAGAUAUCAAGUGGCACAGAGAACCCUGCAAGGCCAGAUCCUAUGGAGUGAACUUGGUGACUGAUGGCUGAGGAGAUAUCAUUCAGUAGAGGUGAUAAAUCAGAAGUCUGCCAGGAGGCCGUCCUACUGAGACUCUUAAAGUGAACAUUGAUCCUUGGUGCUGUACUGAUGUGACGUUUGCUUAUAUCUGCUCUCAGGAUCAAUCGGUCUUUCAGCGUCCAUAUAUGGUGAUCGAGGCUACUAGUGUUGUCUCGUGUUUCCCUCUGAAGGACACUUGGUUGUAGAAGUGGAGAUAGUUAGUUAUAGGGAAAGGUCAUUGAAAUUAUUGACUACAUCCCCCUAUUUGUAACGUUUCCUCUUGAUUAUUAUUAGUGUAUUUGUUCAAUGAAAUAUGACCUGUUCAAAUAUGUAUUUAUGAAAACUCAUAAACCCCAUACCACUUCACUUUUCUGUGUCCAAUCUUCUGUCAAUAUUCACCAGGAGCACAUUUCAUAACUAUAUCUAAACAACACAAGUCAUUUUUUAUAAUCUGUCACUUAAGGCUGGGCGAUAAAACCAUAACAACAUAUAUCGAAAAUUAAUUUCCCUCAAUAUCAAUAUAAAACAUGGUCAAUAUGCUUUUCAAUAGUUGGCAUUCUGCCAUGUUUUAGUAGACUAUACUAAUAGCCAAUGAAAAGGGGAGUUGCUCCGGGCCCUCUUUGUGCUGAGCCAGUCAUGUGCUGAAUUAUGUGCUGAACUAAAUAGCAAACAACUGCGUAGCAGCAGGCUGCAGCUACACGCAACCAUAGCACUUAUACACGUGAAGCCGACAGCACUGUCAGGGAGAAAAAAAGGAAAUGACUGCCAGUCCAGGCAGAAAUGCAGAUGAAGCUCAACAGAUUUGGAGGUAUUUUGUUUUUUUUCGAGGUCGGACAUGAGGCAGAGUAACGAGCACUGCAAAUUAUGUCAAGUACAUGUUCUCGCAAAGUCGGGGAAUAAAUCAAAUCUUUUUCCCCACCUGAAGCAGUGCCACGCGGCAGAGCAUGCGCAAUGCAAAAGGCUACAAACCCCGAGCAGAGUAAGGAGCCAAUGGCGCCUGUGCAGCCGAAAGAGCCGACCAUUCAGUCCGCUUUCUCUAGUGCGACGCCUUACAACAAAACGUCGAAGAGACACAAAGACCUCACAGAUGCAGUAGAUUAUUGUAUUACAAAAGACAUGCUACCAAUAAGCACUAGUAGCUUUCAUUUUUAUAUCGUGAUAUAUAUCGAUAUCGGCUGAUAUGAAAAAAAUUUAUUGUGAUAAACUUUUUCCCAUAUCGCCCAGCCCUACUGUCACUCCAUAUUCUGUUAUCACUACAGGUGAUCAGCAAUAAAUUUCUCUGACAUCGUACCGUUCUUCUCCACGGUACCCAUUCAAUCAGGCGUUUCUGGCAGUAUUAAAGGCCGUCAUAGAUCAACCGCAGUUGUUGGUGCUAAACAGGUGAAAGAAGGUGUCACUUUCCUCCCCUCUUUCCUGCAGAGUUGGCAGGGUUUCUUAUCCUCUAACACCUUUCAGCCCCUCCUCUUACAGAGGAAAUUCGGAGCAGCUAACAAACCUCUGUCUUUAUAAUUCAUCCUGACAGUUCCCUUAUCCAGCCUCCCCUGGAUCAAUAGUCACACACAACUUCUUUAUUUGUGUGCUGAGCCUUCUCUGUGAUAUUCAGAUCCCCGCCUGUGUUCCUCUAACCCUGCUGGAUUGGCGCCUUGGAAACAAGGUGCUAUCAAAGGAGGAGGAGGCGGAGGCGGAAGUGUGGAGGGAAGAGGAUUGAAAGGGGAUGAAAUGAAAAGAUGAUUUAAUUUUCAUUGCGACACAGUAAUAUUUAAAGCCCCGGCUUGUAAAAAUCAUAAGCCUCUGUGGAAAAAAAAAAAGAGAGGGAAGGAAGAAAGCAAGCCUGCAGCUGUUUUACAACCAAUUUCAUCAGAGAACAGAGGGAUAAAAGAGGAAGGAAGGAAGGAAGGUGGAUAAGCAGCGGUGUCCUUCUUCAUCCUCUGGUUUAACUUUGCUCCCAUUAGCUUCAGGGUUAGCUUUAAGCAGCUUUCAUUGAGUUUACCUCUAUUAUGUCUAACAUAUGGUGCCCCCAGGCCAACUGUAAGGUGGCUUUUUCUCUCUUCUACCUCCUCUUUCACCUCACUUGUGCCUUAAUUAAUCCCUCUCUGUCUGUUUUUCUUUAGACCUGUCUCUUUGCAUGUCACUCCCCCUCUCCUUGUUGUGCCAAACGGCUUAAGCAGCAUUGCCAUAUUGCCUGAAAUUCAAGUUUAAGCCCAUUAGACAGAACACUAAUAAAUCCAUGCUAAACAGCUGUGUUGUCUGUGUGUGUCACACCUUAUUACUGAAAUAUCUUGGUCGCUGAAUAUUCAGCUCCCACGUUCAGACUGCUCCCUGCUGAGUUUGGAUCAGUGGAGUCCUGCCUUUGCAUUUCUUUUACCGCUGCGUUCAUAUCCUCUCUCAAACCUUUUCAAUGAAUAAUGAUACACACACACACACACAUACACACACAGCGUUGGUUAAAUAAGAACCGUUUUAUGAGACUGGUGUCUGUAUCUAUCCUGUCCUGCCUCUCUGAGUAAUAUUCACGACACACCACUCUAAUAAACUGGAUUGGUGCUGCUGCUCAUUCUGACCUUAUUAAACAGAUUGGGUAUCGGCCAGACAGAAUCGAUCAACAAUAAGGACAGUGUCUUUGUCGCUGUGAUUGUGAACUCACAGCUUCAAGUAAAACACGAUUUAAAAGAUCUCAAGCAUGAAAAUAACCUUAAUGUUUCCACUAAUUAGGACUGAAACUUGUCAGAAUUUCUCGAUCAAUUACUCUUUCAGAUCCAUUUAAAAAAAAUCUAUUAGUGUCAGGUUCAGGUGGACAUACUUAACAAUUGGGAGGAUUCAGGAACACAGAAGAGACCAAAGGCGUUUUACUUGCACAAGGAAAGAGCGGCUGAGAAGAACUGCUCGAGUUCUCGGUCAGUCCCCCUCUGACCAUUUCUUCCCCAAGAGCAUCUUUUAUUUCAUAAUUAUGAAUCAUUCACUCCUGCAAACUUUAGCAACUGUCAAUUUUGCAAUAGUUUUGUUACCCUUACACAAUGAGGAACACAAGCAUUUUCAUAUCCCUUGCACAAUGCAUGGCACAAAAGUUCAACUCUUUCAUAUAUCUUUGCACAGCAUAAAAGGAUCAUUCUAUCAAUUAGUCUUUACAAAAAAGUGAAUAGUUACAGUAUGUCUUUUUAAGGCUUGUUUAUUCAAUAUACAGUGACUGUGUGUUACAUAUAUGUUUUCUGCAACACAGCAAUUUGGGAAGCAAUUUUUCAAGGGGUGAAUGAUGUACCAGUUUCAAUCCCCAAAAUAGAUUUCCCCUGUACCUACAACAUUGGUCCAGACUUGCAUUCUGGUUUUUGUACACAUGUUUUGUUUUCAGUGGCCGCACAGCAGAGAUUUACUUCCAUAAACACAGAUGCAGCCAGGGUAGUAGGUUACAAAACGUUGUAUAACAGCGCCAGCUUUGACCAGCAACUCUGUAGAUUAAAUCCAGAUCUACUUUCUUUUCCACUCUGACACUUUAGAGUAGAGUCACGCUCACUAACCAAAAAGCACUACAGAGGAUGUGUCAGGCACUGACAUGAAGGGCAGAAAGGGAUGAAGGUCUAAACAUUUAUCCCAGAUUGCAGUUCUUUACUAAGAAAAAUAAAAUCAAGGAUGUUAUUAAUUCAGAUUCAUCUGGAAUUCUGAGAAAGUAACGUACCUUAAUAACACUAAAAGUGAAAAGUCGGUUUACACACAGGCUUACAUAUGUGAUCUAGGCCAUUACUUGUAAUAAACUCUGGCUGAUGUUUUUCGAGUAAGAGCCGUUUAACAGUGCUGGGGAUCAACUUUGAAGUGUGAUGCAGCAUUAGUCUUCAUUUUAACUGCAUGAUGAGCAAAGUAUGAUACAGUUCCAGUUAGAGCUCUGCUCCUGCAUGCUCUUGAGUAAAGUGUAGUCUGCUUUGAUGUCAGAGAGGUUGAGAGGUUAGUAGAGUUAUUUUCAAUUUAAAAAAGCUUGCUGCUUAUUAACCAUAAAGUAACAUUGCAUCCAAUUCUAACCACCCAUGCAACCUGGAGUGAUCAGCUUCUCUCUCAAAAUACAUUCCUGCCAUAAUAUACAAUAAACUUGAUAAAGGCUGCUUCAAAUACAGCCAUAGAAAUUCAGCAGUGUUAAAACAUUGCUGUAAAGAGGUUUGUAAACUUAUUAAAUUACAUAAACACGGGGUAACAUCACAUUGUACGUGAUAUAAGGGAGUAUCCUUUCCUUUGUUAUACUUUGGUGGCUGAAAUAUACUUGGGCAGCUGUCCAGGUAGCAUCUAGGUAUGUGAAACACUGGUAGUGAAAUAUAGGAUAUAACUUGAUGGUUAUUUUUCAGAACACUAUCACAAUCUUUAGACUUUAUUGCACAAACCCUGUACCUGCACCAUCCACAGUGCAACUCGACUACUAUCCAUUCAGUCGGAGUUUAAGGUGUUUAUGCUAGUAACAGCUAAUGUAGCCCCAAACUGUUGGUUUAAAGUUGCUUGAAGAAGCAUUUUUUUUCUGUCUUUAUACUUAUUACCCGAUUCUCCCAUUUUCCAACUGUAAUCUUCAGCCCCAUCUGAUGUUUUUUUUUUUUUUUUUUUUUUUUGCAGCACUUGUUUUCACCUCACUUGAGACAAUUCAUCUGAUUUCUUGCAGCUGGAUACCCAAAAGAUUUGCUCAAAUAUGUAUCAAUACUCCCCAAAGAGAGCCUCUCUCAUCUGUGUUAUAGUUGCUGGACAGUGAGAGGGGUCUGUUAAAUAAAACACACAUACAUAUUUGCAAAAUAUAGGACUGUACGGAUUGAUUAUGGUCCAAAUGUAGUCAGUGCAAACCUCAAUUCCAAGUCUAUCACGUCAGUAUCGGCAUCUGAAGAAAUAAAGCGAGGUCUGUUCAGCACUUCUGAAAAGACUGGUUUGGAGCAAAUGUCUUACCUCAGCAUAGUUCUUUGCAGUCUGACACAAACAACCAGCUCUUUGUUGGAGCGGCUGAUCUAGAUGAACUCUUAUGGACACUCAGACUUUGCAUCUGGGGCUUGGAGUGUUAUCAACGUGACUUACAUGAGCAUUCUUUGAGAAGAGUUUGGAAACGAUUUUGCCCGCUGUUCUUUUGCUUGAUUAAACAACAGCAUAGCAGGAAAAGCAGGGAUGCUAACAGACAUUUAUAGUGAUAUUAUAAAUGUAGAUUUCUAGUUUCUUGAAAAGGAAACUGUUCCAUUAAAGUGCAAGUGAGACGAACCAGCUGCGCACAGUCAUCAGCGCUGGAGCCAGGUUUCCUCUGGUGUUGAACACAGUACAACAUCCUCAUGCGUAGAUGGCCUGCAGAUGCAGGAUACAUUUUGAAGGAAGAGCAGCGGAUGACUAAAAAGAUGAAAGACACACGGAUAAGCCUGAAGAGAUGAAGUGAUAACAAGUUGAAGUGUUGUGGUUCUUGUAGGGAUCCUCUCUUUAGUGCAGCUCUCAUUCUGUAGCAUGUUUCAGUGUGGGCCCGACUCCCUGUGGUGUUCACCUGGUCCUCCCACUCAUCAUUAAACCUAUGAAUAGCUGUCGUCGGCUCUGUCUAAUAGAGUGUGGAGUUUUCCCUGGACUCCUAUCUAUGCAUUAUUAAUUAUCUGCUACAGGGCCGAGAGAGAGAGAGAGUGAGAGAGAGAGAGGACAUCAGAUAUCUGGGUUGUUCUUGCAAUCAGAUCUGUGCUGUUAUGCAAACAUUGUUACAAUAGAGUAUGAGAAUCCAGCAGAACUAAGAGUAGUGUUUCUGUGUGGUUUUGGACAUUUUUAGGCACUGAAAUUUCUGUGUUUUGAUUGAGUCUCCUUUUAUUCCACACAGAUUUAACCUCAGCGUUUUGGAGGCUGUGACUGAAGCACCAAGCAGCAACACUGAUACAUCUGCUGGUUUCUUUUCCUCCAACAAAUGCAUUUGAAUUUCGUCGUUUUCCAAGACUUACCCAGAUAUUUUUGUCUCCCUUUGAAACGCAAAUGCCUCCCCAAAUCUUGGCUAAUUCCCCAUGCUUAGUCAUUGACUAUCUGAGCCAAAAGGAGAUCUGUUCCAAUCAAUCGCCCCCCUCCUCCUUCUUCCACAACCUGUCAGACCAGCCUUUACUUAACAAGACAGGAAUGAUGGGAUCUGCCAUCUGUGUAAAUUGCUCCAUAAUCUCAUCUGUCUGUCUGGUUCUGAUGAGGCAGACAGCUUGUGGUCCUGCUUUACUCUUUCUGUUUUCCCAGAAAUUAUCGGCUCACCUGUCAGAUAGCACUGAGGGCUUCGAUCGCACAUGAGACAUAUUAGGGGGCAAAGUGGCAGGUUGAACCAUGAUGAUAAUCAUCUCCAUCUAUCCCAGAUUGUAAUCAUUAGUGAAGGGGCUUGCUUGCAUUUUGUCACGAGGUUGUAAAAGGGCCACAUGUGGCUGGAGCUUGUUAAUUGUAAACUUAAGUUUAGUAGAAAAGCUUUGGUCUUUUGUUGUUUAUAAAAUUCACAAAGAUUAUAAAAACUCUCUGUCGAGCUGAGUCUGCAUGUAAAGAGAGUGCUUUUCAACAAAAAGGCCAAGUGGGGACUUCUGAGUGUUAACAUCUUUCUCCUAAAAAGUGUAAUUAUGGUCUCAAGAACCAUACAGGCUAACCCUCUUACCCUCUUCAGACUGGAUGCACAGUGUUGUCUGUCAGCGCUCACAGAGAUGGUUUUUGUCUCCACUGCAUGUCUGAGGAAUGCUUUGUCGGCACUCUCUGACAGAAACACGCUUGUUUCCAACAUGCCUCUUCUUAAGGAAGGAAAAAGGCCUUUUCUAGAUGGGCAUGACCUUUACAUGGAUUGUUUGUGCUGAAUUUGGAGUCCAGAGGCUGGAGAAACAGCAUCUCUGUGCCUUAAUGUGCACCUGGCAGUGCGUGGGGAAAUCCAUUUUUUGACCUUCACGACCCCCAACUCCCCCUCAGCUGUAUUUCUCUCACCUUUCUGUCUCCCGUCUUUGUCUCCUAGUAAAAGCAGAACCUGCGUGAAAGUCAUCACAAUGAAAGCCUCUUCAGCUUGUAUUUAUGGAACCUCACACAGCGGCAGUGCCAAGUUCAGGACAGGAAAUAUCCCGUCACUAUGAAACCUAUUAUUUACGAGAAUCCGCAGUGUAGCCAGACAUUUUAUUUUCCCCACAUCACCUCUCUUAGUGCAUCUGUUGAUUUGAAUUCUUAUGGUGAAGCUUUUCUGCUGCUGAUUCACCCUGAUUUACUGUUUAGAUCCAUUUGCUGCAUUAGACUUCCUCCCGAUGUGAUAAAUUUGGAGGAAACGACACGAAGAAUUUCAAGAUUUUGCUCCUCUCAUUCCGGAGACAUUUUUUAUGCUUUGUACCUUUCACGAAGCAAUUAGCAGCAUCUGGCUGCCACUAUCUUGUUUUUUGGCCUCAAGUGACAUUUGGAUGACAGGGUGGAAAGUUAUUGUCAUGUCUCUACUCUUUUUUUGUGUGAUACUUAUCGGCAUUUGUGUCUUGAAUAGACAGGACAGCUGGAGAGAGAAAUAAACCAGGGGAGCAGAGAGAGGAGGAAGACAUGCAGCAAAGGGUUGAUGCCUGGAAUUGAACCAGCAACUGCUGCAAUAAGACAUUAGCCUAAAACAUGGGGCACCUAGGCUGCGAUGGACAUGUUUCUGUUUUUAAAAGUCAAAUCACAGCAAUCAACAGAAAACCAUCAGCCUUUAUCAGAAAACUGCAUCGUCUCUGGGAGAUUAUAGCCAGAGAUUGGUACUAAAUAUUUGCACGACUGUCUUUUCCAUGAGUUGUCGAAGUUUUUAGUUUGGCAAAUAAGUUCAUGUUUGAAAAGAAGAUGUCAGCACUCACAUAUCUGCUUUAAGUCAUCAGUUAGAGCUCAAUGACUGUUCCGGGCUCUUGGAUUUCAUUACUGCUGAUAUGUUACAUUAGACUAGUCUUUAUAGUUCGGUCUCAGGAUUCAACAGAUUCUGUAAAUAGUAAAUAUAGUACUUUUCAAUCACAGGUAGCCUGGCUCUGAGGUAUAUCCUGCUUUAUUAUCUUUUGAAAUGACAGUGAGCAGAGCAUCUGUCAUCUGUGUUUGCUUAUAUUUGGAUAGUAAAGCUACACAGCAUUAUGGCAGUGGUCACUGAAGUCUGAGUUAGCAACUUCAAAUCUGCAGCCUAUGUACCACUAAGCAUUGUUUGGUCUAAAAGAGGUCUAAUAUAUGUCUAAAUGUAGCCUAGAUGACUGGACUAAAAUCAGGCUACCACAGGUCUAAAAAUGAACGUUUUUUAAACAUCUAAAUUUAGACCAAGUUUAGACUAAAUCUAAAUCUAGGCUAUAUCUAUACUACACUGUAUAUUGCUCAAGGUCUAUCAUAAUUAUUUUGGUUAAGUACUUGGAGAUCAGUUAUGCAACUCAUGGCUGCUUUUUGAAAUAAGUAGUUAUCGAAAAAGGGUCAAAGUGCAACAUCUGAAAAUAUACAGAAUCUAGAUUAAAAUUAGGUCCAAAAAAAAGAAAAAAGAUUAAGAAGUCUAAUAGCCGUCUACUGCUCAGUGGGUUGCCCUGUAGCUACACAGACGCCUACAUAUUCCUACCAUGCACCUCUGCUAAAAUGUAACUAUGCAUUGAAACAAUGCAGACUGCAAGCUCUGUGAUUGGUCUGCUUGGAAGUGGUGUAAAGCCUUCAUACACAACAUUUGUGGUCUCACCAUAGUCUGUAUGAUAACCAGCUAUAGUGUCACCCAUUUGUCUCUGAAGCGGUGUUUUGAAGCCAACUGGCAGCGGUACUUUCGCAUUGGCUUAACUUCUCAAGAGAGGUUGCUGCUCGGGUACAUUUCAUCUCCUCCAAAGUCUCCUCUCUUUUCUUCUUUGCGGUUAUUUCCACAUGACCAACUGCUGCUCAACUUUCAUCAGCUCCAACUCAAACAUAAUACACAUAGAUUUAGUCGCCAUGGUUUCCUGUGCACAAACAAGCAGAGAAUUUAGCAGAACUAAAAAAGACAGAUGACAUGACCUUCCAAGAAAUCACUUUGCUGAUUAUUGUAUAGGUUGAGUAUUACAAAGCGACAUGGAUUCUUUAAUGCAUGAAUAUGUUGCGCUUAUAAUGUUGCUAUGGUGCAGAGUCAGUUCAGGAAUAUGAUCCAGGUUUUAUUGGAGUUACAGCUCUGGCUAGUGGUGGGUAGCUUCUUUUCAGCUAAGACAUGACAUAUGACCAGCAUGUUGGGCCUACAGUGAUACAAGUAGUUAUUUAUCCAACUAACUGGUAAUUCUGGUGCCAGUUAGCAAGGUUAAACCAGACUAUAGUUUAAAGAGGUAAUAAAUUAGCUCGUCAUUUUCUCAUCAGACUUCUUUUGUCUGUGCAGUCUCCCUCUGCUGGUCAUUACACAGACUAUAACUCAUAAACUCUUUGUGGAUUAGCUUCAGUUUCCAAAUAAAGAGGUUAUGUCCGCUCCUUAUAUCAAUUUUUUUUAAAACCAGAAACUGGGUGGAAUCCAAGUGAAUCUGGUUUCCUGUAAAUGAAAAAAAAAUUGCAUGUGUAUGCUAUCACAUGUUUAUUUUAUCAUUUGUUAAUCAACAUUUACUGAAAAUCACUCGGUGUGAAUGCUUGCAGGGUUAUAUCUGUUCCUUUUUAAUGAGCAUGAGAAAGGAGAAGUGUAGCCUUGGAGUUGGAACUGAUACUUUUCCACUAAAGCCAUGCGACUAGAUAAAAGCUACAAUUUCACUCACUUGUUGUUUUCCCAACAGUGUGACAUUGAACUGAUAAGCAGGAACCUGAUGAUGAACUAGGCUGUAUUUGUUUUCCCAGUACAGACCACAGCUGCAACCUGUACCCUAUUUUGAUACUGUUGUGCCACUUGUGAGAUGAUAUGUUCGUGGGCGGGGGUGUCUGUUUCUUGACUGCAUAAAGGAUGUGUAAAAAUCUGAAUUCCUCAGUCAGAGGAAGCUGCCUUUGUUGUAAGCUGAUGACUCCUUACAAGUAAAACACUUUGAAGACAAAGAAGACCACACUCUCUGUCGAUCUUCUCAGCUGGCUGCAAGUCAGAUGUAGUAUAAUUUUUCUGACAUUAGAUGUAUUCAGUCAUUUUGUUAAGUUGAAUUAUAAUCUGUUUUAAGUACUAAUAUUCCACGAGACAGGUCUUGCUUUUUUCUUGCUCUCUUUGUUGUCGUAAUUCUCUGUAAGAGGAUAGCUGGUGUGUUUUGCGAUCAUCUUAAUGUGUGUGUCUGACUUUGAGUGCCUGGCAGGUACAGUACUUAUUUGUUAGAGGUUUUUCUUUGCAUAAACAGCUUCCUGCUGUGAGGGAAAAUAACUUGAUUACAGGAUUGAGACUAUACUGAAAAGUAAACAUUUAAUUUAACAAGCUGUGAUUUUCAGAGGCCAGAGAUUGAGGUUAUAUUUCUCCCCCAAACUGUUGUGCUUUAAAUUGGACUAAAAUGAAACAACAUGAGAAAAUUUUUGAUGUCCUUCUAACCUCGACCCCUACUUUUGUACUCCCUCCCCCUCCACUCCCCCCUGAACAGCUCCACAUAUUCUCAGAGCCCUGAAUGAGAGCCUUCACAGAGCGUCAGUGUUACACGUCUGUGUCAAAACCCUAAAGAGGAAUGUCUCAGCUGGACAAAAAGUCCAGCCCAACAAUCCCAUUUUCCUCUAUUGUGUUUUCGUCUUACCUUUCUCUAAAGAGGAGUUCAUUUGAAAAUGUGUCUGCCUCAGGAAACAGUCUUGAUGUGCAGUUUAAAGUCUGUAAGAUGCUUCUUUGAGUUGUGUACUCCUCUGUUCCUGCCAUCAUACUGAGCUUGUUUGAAAGCGUUUUAAAUGUACCAAACACCUUCACAGUCACAUAAUGAAAGCGCUCCCGUUUAUUCGUCUCUUUUUUCAGCUCUCAGCAGCUGCCAGAAGAGUUACAAAGCUGCACAACAGGCUCUUCUCUCAUCAUGUUUCAUAUCCCUGUCUUAAAUAACAAUGCUAAUGCAGGUUCUGUUCAGUUAAGCCGGCCCUGAAUCUCCCCGUCAGCCUGACUUCAUUCCUGUUUCCUCUGAUAAUCCACUCUCUACUAAAAGGAUCUGAAGACUGAAUUAGGAUAAUUAGAAAAGCAGAAGUGCACCAUUUAUUCAAAUGUUCUUGAGUGCUGCAGUGGUGACAUAACUGCAACCCCCCACCCCUCCAAACCUGGCACUGCAAAACAGCAGCCAAGUCUUUAUAGAGAGAAGAGGCAGAAACACCAUCACCAGCAGCAGACUAACUCGAUUUUUAUACAGCAGCAACCUAGAUCUCCUCCCUGUCAUCCUCCAUUGAUUUUGCAAUCCAGUGGCAUCCAAGCAGAACCAUACAAGCCGUACACCUCAGUCUGCCGCUGAUAGCCAAUCUUUAUUACCCACCUAGCCCUGGGCUUCGGUUCGAGGGGCAAACCCCUCUCAGGGGAAGCAGAAAGAGGAAGACAGCUCCGACUGGUGGAUCGGAGCGAUGACGGAUUUAUGAGCUGCUUGGAGAAAAAGGAUCAUCCGCUCUCCGCGUACACUUUUUAUUAUCCCAUCAGAUCUGACGUGAUGGCAAUAAUACAUGACGUCCUGUCACAUUCAGAAGAUCUGCCGGCAAAUAUGAAUGAUGAUUUCAAAUGCUUGCGUCUAAUCAGCCGCGAAAUUGCUUCGGUAAAUAUGUUGGACCGGGGGUGCUCGAUCUUCCUCCUGUCCCUCACUCUGAAUGAAACUCACAGUAAUAGGCUUGUAGUUGUCACAAUGUCUAAGACCCGUGUUGGCUUCACGGUUCAUAAUUAGCUUUUAAUGCACAGAGACGGCUUGAGGGGGGAAACUGACGGAAAUGUGGAAUGAAAAGAGGCCUGCUGUGUGGCCAUAGUGAUUCAGGCUUUUGUUCUCUAAUUAAAUGACCUCUGAAGGGAGCGCUAAGCUUAAGUUUGUGUGUGUGUGGCGCCCUCUGAUAUGGCGGUUUGUGCCAAGUGCAUUCAGUCUCCCAAUGAAUAGGGCGUCGACUACAAAGCCUGAGGAGCUCUCGCCGUGCCCGCUUCGCCUCCUUGUUGCUUGUUGGAAAUUUGCCACAAAACACCAUGUCUUUAACAAGUGGUUUCUGGGCUUCUUUGCACAGUUCAGGACGUGUAGUUAGGGACACUGUAGCCCUCGGUUUGUUUUCUUGCUCUCUCUCACCUUCUCUGGAGAAAUGAAGCUGAGAGACUGGCAGCCUUGAGCCCCAACAAAAGCUUAAUCUUCCAUGUUUAUGCUACAGAAACAGUGAAAGGAGGUUAAUAUUGUGAUGCAUGUUCUUUUGGCUGGCACAAAAGAAGUAAGACUAUAGCUGCGAAUGGCAACAACAAAAAAGGGAAUUUAAGCCUUUCUAUGAAACUUGUUCUGGCAACAGAGCUUUGUUUUUCUAUCUUUUUCAUGCACAAGUUCCUCUGAGUCUUCUGUCAGCACUAAAGACGUGCAUGGAAUUGAAUCACAGCUUUAAAACAACACAUUAAGUGUUAUAUAUCUUUCAGAAACAAUGUGGGGAUAAUCCACAGACCUCACUGUCAACAGUUUUCCCUCCAAGUGCUCUUUCAGAGGAAAGUCGUUCCAGUGAAAACAGUUGACGGCGAGGUCUGUGGAUUAUCCAGGAACACUGUCUUCUCAAACAGCAUUUUUUUUUUCUGCUGAUUUGUUUUUAAAAGUUUCAUACAAAAUAAAUGAAAUUCCUCUUGCCUCUGAUAGCAUUUAUGAGGUAGGAAUGUUCAAGACAGUUAUCUUAGAAACCUUGGCAAACCACCUGAGAUAAGCAAGAAAGAACUGCAUGUUUUAUUUUGUAGUUAAAGCGUCUACCCAUCUUGAGCAUUUGAAUUUUAAAAAGUACUGCCAUUAAAUAUUUAUACUUAAAAAAACUGUAAAAUUGUAUUUAUAGCUGGUUCUCAUAUGCUGUUCUAGACAUGUCUUGAAAACCAGUGGUGGUUCCCUUUUUUCACAAUCAGUCUAUGAGGUUGAAUUAUUACGCCAUUUGGUACGAAUGGUUUGGCAAACUUUGUCAGUCCAAAGUUCAUUCCUAGCUCUGCUUUGGUGUCAAAACAACUCUCAAAAUAUGUGACUUUUCAGCUGCUAAAUACUCAGUGAUAUUUACCAGUUGGCUGUUUGCUCUGUGUGCUAUUUCAUGCAGGUCUGUGCUGCUGUUACCGUAAACACUGAUGUGUGAUUAGAAAGCUGGGGUAGUAUAAGACCAUAGACUGUAUAUAGAAUGGACAGAGUCUGCCUCCUCGCGGGGUGAAGCCACUCCGAGAACAGCGCCCUCUGUUGAUGGGCUGCAGUAUAGGUCAUAAAUCCCACCUCCGCCAGCAAAGCUUAUGGGACUGUGGACAAACUUUAUAAAUUUAUUACACAGAACAUAAAUUUUUCUCCCCCCUGCUUGUGAUGUUGACAUGUAGUUAUUGUAAGACUGGUUUGUGCUCAAGUCCUCGUUUUUCUGUACAGCUCCGUUUUUAAAAGUUAUUAGGGGGCUCAUGUUUUCUUUGAUUGACACCUGACACAGCCUAUUGGCGUUCAGGGAUUGCGUAGCUCUCCCGGGGGACACGCUGUUUGAGCCGAGCGUCAUCACAGCGACUCUCUGCGACUGCGCGGCCGAAUGUGCGCAUUGCUACUGCACAGCGCUGGUUUCAGGAAAUGAAGAAAAAUCCCGGAAAUACCGAGAGCUUUUUGGCUUCAAAUCCGUAUACAGGCGGUAGGCGGAACCAAGUUGUCCAUAGUAUAUACAGUCUAUGUAUAAGACAAACAUUCACUUCUCAGUCACACUGAUCAAUAUUGUGUUGAAUACAAAACUACUAAGUAGUGAUUAUAGUUGUGUUAAAUUCUUGUUUCUGAUUGGUUAAAACCCAUCACAGCUGUAUUUCAAUCAUACUGCUGCUCGACUUAAACUUCUCUGACCCUUAAAUAUCUUCAUUAAAGCCGCUAUGUGGAAAAUUUUGGUAUUUGGGAAACCAACUAAAAUUCAUGUUAAAGUGUUUCUGUUAUACACAAGUAAAUUACACCAUCAUUGUUCAUUUGUUAGUGUAUUUCGUAAUGCUUGGAAUUUGUGCUGGGGGAAGGUGUGCAGCUGCACUGUUUCUGUUUCUCUGAUUUCAACAUUUAACAUUUACAAGUUGACUGUCAAAAUUCAGAUAGAUGAGAAUUCUUAAGCAUGUAGAGAACAAAAAAGGCAAAGACCUCUUUGUCCACAGGGUGUGCCGAAAUGGACACUUACCAAAAAUUCCUCAUAGGAGCCUUAAUUUUCUUUUUUGACCAUUGAGACAAUCAUCAUCCAGAGUUUUCUCAAGGUCUCCAGCUCAAAAGUUGCACCAACCUAGGGAUUUUAUUUGGUAGCUACUGCAGUGUCUCUGUUGAUUAGUUUUGGUAGACUAUUCUGUAGACUGCAGUCUAUUAAAAUGAAUGUUUUUUAGUUUUUUGCUGACUGUGAAGUGAUAAGGUUCACAGCUCCCUCUGCUGGUUGGCUGCAGUGCAUGCAUGUCAUAAACCUUGCCUCUGUUAUAUGAGAAGAGGGAACAGAAGCCAACUAUAAAAUUAAAAUACAUGCUAAAUAAUUUUUUUCUCCGUCAGAGAGUUUUUCAUUUAUCCUGUGUUACUUCAUGCCUAAGUGCUCAUUUUUCCGAGUGGCUCAGUUUUAAUCAGUUAUUUAUUUAUUGAAAGAGCAAAUGUGACAUCUUGAUUGACAGCUCAGUUGGAAAAUGUGAGGUACUUCAAAGCAUGAACACAAGAGUCACUGAACUUUCCCAAACUGUAAGUGUCUGCUUCAAAUCCGCACAACAAUCUGUUCUGCUGUGUGGGAUUAAUGUGUGUUUUGGUGUGUCAUCAGACAUGCAAUGAUGGUUGAACCAGCAGGAAAAAAAUGUGUUUUUCAUUUUUUUUUUUUUUUGUUCAAGUGCUCACACUGUUAUAACAAUGACAUUAAAACUAGUCAUGCAGCUGUAGCCCCAAGAUAGAAGACAACUUAUGAGAUGCAGGUUAUUUAACCAAAACAAUGAGCCAAAAGACACUUAAAAGCCUCGUAAAGACAAGUAGAUUUGCCGAGUAGAGUGAAGGUUCUCUGUUAGUAAGUCAUUAAAGGUGACAUCUUAUGCAAAAUAUGCAAUUGAUCCUCCAAAAGUAAUUUAAAUCAGAUUGAAGCAAACAAAAACAUCCCUGUGUGCAAAUUUUUAAGAGUUCAACCUUUUAAAAACUGGGUUAAUCAAAUUAAUCAAGAUCAUGUGUGAUUGGAUUAAUGAGAUUGGAUCAACAAGCAACCGCUCAACCUCAACCUUCGAUUUUAGAGCCAACUAUUGCUUAGUCCUACAUUUGACCUUUUUACUUUAGAGAAUCAGUCUGAAACAUCUUAAUUAGAACAGAAAUGAACACAGGCUAACACAGCUGUUUGACCUUUGUCAUAAAAUGUUUCAGAAGACUUUGAGAAAUACUUAUACGCUUUUUUAGGAAGAAGCUCCUGGAGAAAAACAUGUUUCCCGGGCCUUCAAACAGUGACACAUACUGUAAUUUCUUCAGACACCUGGUACCACACACCAGCAGCCCAUAUUUAUGACUCAUAUGGUCACGGGUUGAGCUUUAUUUUUUGAAAGUCACGGUCUCUCUCUCUCUCUCUCUUACUUCACUGUACACCGUCUUAAAAAUAAUCCCAACAGGACAUCUGAGCUGAAGUGAUAAAGUUCCAACAUAGCAACUGUUAUUGCUGUUGUUGUUGGCUCGUGCAUGCUUGGGACGGAUGCGUGCAUGAAUGUGUCCGUUACAGUUGUCCUGCAUGCUGACAGCCUUCAGCCAUUACAGCCACCUGGCACGUCUUCACACCAGCAGCAGUAGCGAGCGCGAGGAAGCGGAGCGGCUCCGACCGUAACCAGAUCCAGCCUUGAUGAGUGCAACGUUAACAGCUGCUCAGGAGGGUGUAAGAGAGGGGGCAGUGAGAGUACUUCUGCGUGUGUGUUGUUGUGCGUGUGCCCACGUGUGUCUUCAGAGAUGAAAGAAGGAGGCCGGCGGAUUCACAUAUGACAUCUUAAUUAGCCUCCAGUGCCAGAUGUCAGCUCUGUAAAGCCGGGCCAGGCCAGGCUGGACUAGUGUAACAGUGUCCCAGCAGCCAGGCAGGGCUUUAGGCAGGGCUUAAGGAGGCCCGCUGGCUCCACUGAGUGCUCCCACGGGUAUUAGGUCUUCACAUACACACACAUACACAUACAUAGAAACACCCUUUCUCCUCUCCUCUCUCCGUCCUUCCUGCCGAGCUCUUGGAGGUAUUGUCAACACCAGUCAAUCUGAGGCCAAUUCAUAUGAAGAAAAGCUCGAGGGGGACAAAGACCUGGGCUUCUUUGUGCUCGAUCUUUUCACUGCGAGGCAUUGAGGUCGGGCUUUUCUGGAGCCUCGUACAGUGUUUACAUUGAAAUCCCUCCCUCAAACUCUGCCCUCCUCACUCUGAGCAUAUUGAUGCCCCAUAAAUGUCCAGUUAGCUCUCAAGUAACUGUAGCCUUCCCGUCUAACUCCCAACCUCUAACCCUUGGCCCCUCACCUCCUCACCUUCGUCAUAAAAUACUGUUCUCAGAAGACAAAAAAAACCCAGAGCUAAAAAAAAACCCUCUUAGGUAGUCUGUGUCUGAUGCACACACAGAGAUGUACUUGGCUGUUUGACAGUUGUGCGUUUUCAUUUGAUAGAAAACCAGAGCUGACAGGCACUUCACUUCAUUCUGCCAUUUAAUAAGCAGGGAAAGGGAAAAAGGUAGGAUAUUAAAGCGGAAUCUGAUUAGCCAACAUGAGAGGUGGUACAGCAGCGUGAAAUAGGCUGCUCACAAAAUGAUUAACUAAUAUUCCUGUUUGACAUUAUUCUUGAUCCUCGCUGUGAAGCAGGAAAGAGGUUUUUCGCUGUCUUCUCUCUCAAAGAGAUCAUGUUCAGAUGAAAUGGAAAUCUAUUUUUAAUCAAGUUACUUGUAAUUAUCUCACACAGCAGUGAUACUCGUGGCAAGGAUGAAAUAGUAGUUUGCAGAGGUACUUUUUGCAGCAGAGAUGUAGCGCUCAACAACUGAGUGCUUUAUAAGACAUGUUAAUCAUUGGCCAGUGUGUAAACUAAUAUCUGAGGAUAGGUGGGAGUAGAAGUUUUGCUUAUAAAACCAUUUUGAUACCUGAGGGUUUAGCUCCUAUUUACAGUGUAAACCGAUUUACAUUAUAUUUAAAGUUCUAAUGAGACCUCAAGUUUAGCUGUAGGAUCUCAACCUGCUUUGGAUUUGUAUCCUGAGAAGCUGACAAUUAUUUUUGGUCACUGUCCUUAAAAACAGCGAAUUUGAAAUCCGGGGGCUUGUCCCAAACACCAAACAUGAACAAGAUUGCAUUUUUUGUCAAUACUGUGGCUACAUGAUGUGCUUGUCAAGUUAUUUUAAGACACUGAAAGAUAACAAAAGCUCCACAGCUGAAAGAAUAUGACAGUGCAGCGGGGAAAAACAGCGUCUUAUUAAUGUGUGCUUGGUAGAUAAAGACGCUGUCAGGAGGAAAGCAGGUCUUCCUUAGACUUACUCUGGAGUUAUUUGAAAAUAAAAGACAGAUCUGAAGAGUUAUUAAGAACUUCUAAGACUAUAAAACGCUGUGUGUUUGUUUGCUUUAAAUAUAAUUUUGUGUUUGGAUUUGUUCGUGUACAGUUAACGGACUUACAGACUUGUACGUGUGCCACUGUGACACAUCACAUAUUUAAAGUCUUUCAUGUGUCCCUGUAUGUGGGAAACAAAAUGUAAUAUACAUACAGUAUAUGACAUGGAUCAAGCCUUUCAAAUCCAACAAAAUAGCAAUAAAAAAAUAAAGUAAAAGGCUUACCAAUAUGGCCUCCUGUUUCUGUCUCAUCUAGAACGAGCCAUCGCCAGACAUGAAGUGCGGGAGAUCGAGCAGCGGCACACGCAGGAUGGUCUGCGGGAGCGGGACCCAUCAGCCUGGUCGCUUUCAGACAAUGAAGACGAUAUCGUCAUCAUAUACAAUCGAGUGCCCAAGACGGCCAGCACCUCCUUCACCAACAUCGCCUACGACCUGUGUGGGAAGAACCACUACCAUGUCCUGCACAUCAACACCACCAAGAACAACCCGGUCAUGUCCAUACAGGACCAGGUGUGGCUGAAUCCCUGUGUUUCUGUCAUCAGGAGGUAAACAGUGUUUCCAAAAAGAGAGCUGAAUGCUUGUAAUAAUUGUUUUUUUUUUUUUUGUAGGUGCGGUUCGUCAAGAAUGUAACUGAGUGGAGGGAAAUGAAGCCAGCAUUCUACCAUGGGCAUGUCUCCUUCCUCGACUUCACCAAGUAAGCAACACCUUGAGACGGGCCUAUUUGUUUACUUCUUUACAAUCCUGAUUACAAAAUAAAAGAGUGCAAAAAAAAAAGUUUCUAUGGUUUAAGCUCUCAUUUAUUAUAGUGUACAGACUACAUUUUAAGUGUUGAAACUUCAAAAAAUAUUGUUUUAUCAAGUUUAUAUGUGUAUUUUAAACUUGAUGCUAGCAAUGUGUUUUAAUAAAGUAAAGACAAGAACAACAAAACACUGAAAAUGUUGUGUGACAAGCAAAAAGACACCUUGAGGUACACCUCUGGAGGUUUCAGGUGAACAGGUUAGUGACACAGCUGAGUAUAAAAAGAGCAUUUAAGAGAGGCCGAGUUUCUAGGAAGUGAGGAUAGAAAGAGGUUCCUCAAUCAAUUCAGGAAGAUUUUUCUUUUGCAGAGAAUAUGGAGAUAAAAGAUCAGCAUUGCGUUGAUAGUUUACACAUCUGAGAAGGCAUUGUUGAUGCUGAAGCACAAGUAUAGGUUUUAAAGCAACAUAUGCUGCCUCCAGUAAGAGCCUUUUUUAGAGAAGAUCUCAAACAUAUGAGCAGGACAAUGCCAAACCACAAUUUGCACAUUUCAUAAUGAUAUGUCUCCAUAGUGGAAGAGUAGGGGUGCUAAACUGGCAUGGCUGCAGUUCUGACUUGUCACCAAUUUGAAAUAUUUGGUGUGUAUUUGGUUUAGGAGACCCUGACCUGUUGAACAGCUUAAGAAUGGGACAGGUUUUCAGAACACCUGAAAGUGGUCUCCUGGGUUCCCAAACAUUUCCAGAGCUUUUUUUUUAAAGGUGUAUUAUUAAGUGAAGUUAAAUAAGUAAAAUAUCGUGUUUAAAUGAUUUGCAAACUAUCAAAUUCUAUUUUUACUAACUUCUUUCACAGGGGCUCAAAUUUCCUGGAAUUAGAGUUGUGGAGGCUUUAGUAAAACGGAGCUUUCAAGAGUCUAAACUUCACAGCGCUCAUGACAGACCUGUGAUUUACCUGCAGUGUUCUUGUCAGAGGAUUUUUCAUUGAGUCAAUUAGCAACAAGGUUUAUUCUCUUGCGGUGGUUUUAUGCAGCUAACGCCCCCUUGUGGUUAUGCACAGCUUUACACCUACACUGUGGCGUAACAAUGAUCUGUAACCAAACUACUGUCUUUUCUUCCAGGUUUGGAGUGAAGAGAAAGCCCAUCUACAUAAACGUGAUCCGGGACCCCAUUGAGAGGCUGGUCUCCUAUUAUUACUUUCUGCGUUUUGGAGAUGAUUACCGGCCCGGCUUGAGACGCAGGAAACAAGGAGACAAGAAGGUCAGAAUUUCAUGACUGCUGAGUCUUUUGUCAAAAAUAAGUUUGUUAGGGUACUAAUACAACAUCAUUAUCAUUUUACCUGUUUUUGUACCCAUUAAAUCAUCGUUUGAAGUUCUUUAAGUUAAAGUGACGGUCACAAUUUGUCCUUUUUUCCUUGAAAAUGUGCUGAAAUGUUAUUGCUGUGUCAGUAAAAGUGCUCUCUGAUGCUACAGUAAUGCCUUAUCAACGCAGACUGGAAUCCUUGGUCCUUAAAUUGUUAGGAGAACUAAAUAUUUUCCCCCCCUUUCUCUCUUCCAGACGUUUGAUGAAUGUGUAUCUGCAGGCGGCUCAGACUGUGCUCCUGAGAAGCUCUGGCUCCAGAUUCCUUUUUUCUGUGGUCACUACUCUGAAUGCUGGUGAGUAUCCAAACCCCAGACUCUGCAUCCUGUCCAGACAACUCUUAGUCAUAUUGAAAAUGUUGCUGUUUAUAAAGGUAUCACAGUGGUUUGUACUUUAACCCAUGAUAAAGAAUUUAAAAGUUUUGGAGAAUUGCAAGAGGAAUUCAAGCUGCGAAACGCUGAUUUUGCUUCUCAGAUAUUUGCAGAUGAGAAUUUUCUAUGAAAAAGAUUGAACCAGAGAUAACAAAAGAGAGUAGUGAUAGAUGUUUUCAUUAAAGCACAGAAACAGGAGAGCAUGACAAUUAUCUCCAGGCUGUAUCAGAAGGAAAUGAAUACUGAGACAUCAAACCAAGAUGGAAAAUGAUAUAAAUAUAUAGAAAUUUCUGAGGGGGGUUGGCGUUCAACGUGGAGCACUCAGCACUCAAACACAAGCUCUAGAAAAUGUAGAGAAUUCUACUGGAAUCAUUUAAUCAGGGUUAUUUUUUUAACAUCACAUAUUAAAAACAUGAAUAACCACCACAUCAGCCGCAUUGAAGACGGCGUGGGCACAUGAACGCCCGUCACUCCCACACUUUCUGAAAGUGUCCAAAAGUGAAGGUGUUUUGAACAAACGUAUGUCUAAUUCAUUGUCUUUGACAUUUGUUAAUUUAAGUUGCGUGAUAUUAAAGUAGGAUUAAAAAGAGCUGGUCUCUUUUUCAUUGUUUGAUUUGUCUUCAAAGAAUUUUGCCUCUGUAAAUGAGUAGCUUGUCAACAAUUGUUAUUUUCUUUAGCUGCUGACACAUUCAUCAUUCAACAUGUUCACACUGUCAUCAUCAGUGUAGUCAUUGUUCUCUGCGUUGAUGACGCUCUUCUCCCCCGUUCUGCUCUUUUUGUUGUUCAAAAUGUAAAAAAAACAACGUCCCUUUUAUUAUCUCAGGAGGUUCAAAGAGUUCAGGCUGUUGUGUGUCACUCUCAUCAUUCACUGCAUUCGAGUCUUUUUCUCUCACUUCUGCUGCUCUCAUCCUCUCAAGGCCCCUGAUAGCUCUCUCAGCCUUGAUCCUCUUCUUCUACAUAGUGAUCUGUAUCAAUCUCUUUCUCUUUGUGCCCUCACUCACCCCUCUUACCCUGCUUAAUCUCUCCUCCACUCUGGCCUCCUUUUUUUUACCAUAUACUCUCCUGACACAGGACAGUAACUAAAGAUCUGAGUGGAAAGGAUUCAGCAGUUUAUCAAAGUAGUAAAGAAAAGCUUAAACUGAUACCACAGAUAAAUAAGGUGAGGUUCCUGCCAGUUCUUUAAUGCUUCGCUUAAUAGGGCUUUGCCAAAAAGCUACUUUAGUGAUUUAAACAAUUUACUUCCCACUUUAUUGUCUUAUUUCUUGACUGGGGAAAAGUCUGCCAAGGACUUUGUUUUUAUUCCAUUCUUCUUCAUCUUCCAGUUUCUUCCUUCCCACAGUGUCUUCUUAUAUAUCCCUUAAUACACAUAACCUAGUCAUUAUGUGCAGCUCCUUUUUUUUGGCCCAUUUUCCCUGCAAUAUUUUGUUUUGGUCAUCUCAAAAUGUUUGUGUCAGUGUAGGACAUAGACCCCGCCUCCUCCAUGUAAACAGAUGGGACAGGGAUCAAACUUUAAAAUCAAAAUACCUAUUAAAAAGACUUUCAAAAGCAUUAUAAUUAGUUCCAUUAGUCAUGGUAAUUUUUUUUAGUUUAGAUGACAUGACUUAUUUGAUGCUGUAAAAACAGGGUAGAUGCAGUGAUUGGCAGCUCUGUUGACAAAUGUGGGCUCCUGCGGUGCUUCCUAUCAGAAUAGAAGUGUGGAGGAGUUGCAGGGACUAGAUAACAAACACUAUCACACUACUGCAGCUGUUUCCUUCAAACCAUCCAAAUAACAUGUUUGGCAUUGUAUUAGUUAGUUAACUCUGUUUAGCUAACAGGGAGGUCAGGGUGUUUUGGCUUUUCCUUUGUACAAUGGCAGGAGGUGAAAUGAUAUCCUAUAAUCAUCUUCUGCCUUCUUUUUUUAUGUUUAUCUGACUCUUUAUCUCAUUCAUGUGAUUUGCUAAUAUUGAGUUUGUGACUGUUUUGGCAGAAUAGUAGAAAAAUCCACCCUUCAUUUCGCUCCGUCUCUCUGUGUGCAGGAAUGUGGGCAGCCAUUGGGCUCUGGAGCAGGCCAAAUACAACCUGGUGAACGAGUACAUGCUGGUUGGAGUGACUGAGGAGCUGGAAGACUUUGUCAUGAUGCUGGAGGCUGCGCUGCCACGUUUCUUCAAAGGAGCCACUGAUCUCUACAAAACAGGUGCCAUGUCUGCAAAACAUUUCAAGCCCAUUUGCUGUUGCCUUGCAUAUUUUUUUGUCUCUCUCAACAGUAUUAUAAUAAACUGAGGGGAAAUAUAAUGGCUCUCUCACAUUGCAGUGCUAAAGCCUGUGUGCUGUGGUUGCAUAUUAGCAGUCUGAAUCGCUCCUCAGGGACUUGAAUCGUGAUCAAUAUGCACUCAUGCUCCUGCUGAUGUAGUUACAGAUUAGUUACAAUGAGAGCAGCCAGAAUGAAUAAUGGAGAGCACAGAAGAAUUAAAUCUGACACUGAUACAAAUGUACUGUGGCUCCACUGUGAUAUUAAUCAUUUUUAGCAGCAGAUAAAGCCCAGUACUCAAGUUAAUCAGGUUUGUAUUUAAUGAAAUCAAAGACAGAGGCUAUUUCUGAAGUCAUGUAGUGUCACUUGUCAGGUUUUUGCUGACUGGCAAUCUCUUAACAAACUUUAAGAGACAACUUUGCCUUUAAAAUUUGGCAAAAUAUAAACAAAGGCUCAAAGAGAAAUAUGGAAGACAAAAGACAGGCUUCAAAUCUGUUCAUGUUAGCACAACAAUCCUAUUAUUUAUUUGAGGGAAAUAUGCUUUUUUUAUCUUUUUGAUUAGAGUUAGAUGAGGAAAUUCCCUCAUCUCUAUGCUAAUCUGAAACUAAAUGUGGAAGCUAAGCUAAGACAAGAAACAGUCUGACUAUCUAAACCAGUGGUUCUCAAGUCCAGUCCUCGAGGCCCACUGUCCUGCAUGUUUUGGAUGUUUCCCUGCUCCAACACACCUGAUUCAAAUAAUCAGCUCGUUAUCAAGCUCUGUAAUGGCUUAAUAACGAGCUGAUCAUUUCAAUCAGGUGUGUUGGAGCAGGGAAACAUCCAAAACAUGCAGGACAGUGAGUCUCGAGGACUGGACCUUGAGAACCACUGGUCUAAACGAAACAAAGUUUACCUCAAAGCUGCUGUACAGUUCACUUACUGUUGUUUCAGUUGUUGGCUAGUAUCUUUUGGACAAUUUUAUUUCACAGACAGUAAAGGCGACUUAACAGUUGAACAUAUGCAAAACUUAAAUCAGGGAAAAAAAAACCAAGAGGACAAUUCAAAGUAUCGCAUCAUAUUGAAUUUUAUCAUGUAGUGUUGUUUUUAUUGUAUUGUUGUAUCAUAAAAUUUUGUAUUGUAUGAUAUCAUAUCAUAUUGUAUUGCCUCCUGUGGUUGAUGAACAUGGGGCGACAGCAAGGCCCUGUUAAACCCCAACUUGCUGUUUUUUAAGUAUUUGUAAAUAAAGUUUUUUGUUCACAGGCUUAAGCUAGACCAACCUAACACAGUUCCAGUGUCAGCCAGGUCUUUGUAGGAAGGAAUAAAACCAAAGAAAAAAAAUCUGGAUGUUAUUUUUAUAGCGUAUUUACAAGUACCUUUUUUCUCUUAAAAAUAUUAACUGGGAAAUUCUCUAUGUGACAGUCACUGUAAGAGUUUAAGAUCUUAUGCACAUCAAAGAGAUUAGCGAAAGCAUCAAAUUCUCUUUUCUAUUCUGCUGAUUUGAUGUGGGAGGUCUGGCAAAACUCAAACUCCUUUGUUUCAGCUCCGGAAAAAAAAAGUUCUGAGUUGAGAUGUUAUAGAAGAUUGAAGCCCAAGUUAUUUACUUCUCAAUUUAACCAACAAAAUAUUUAAGGGAAAAAUGGACAAGCUCCUUUAUCUUAAUUUGUGCCCUCUUACUGGAAAACUAGAAAAUCUAUCCACCCAACUUCUCAUUCCUAAAGAAUCAAUGCACCAAAAUUGCUGCUAUCACAUAGUUUUUAUCAACAGAAAUGCCAAGCAACAAACAAAACACCUUUAACAUAACCAAACUAUCAAAUUUCACUGAAAUAAUAGAAAAGAAAAUACAUCUUGUCAUAGAUUUAAUCAAUCAAUGCUAUCAUUUGCUGCUAACAAAGCUGUACUACAGAGAGAAGGGAAAAGAGUGUCCAACUGUGACAUGAUGCAGAGAGAAAGAGACAUGUGACAGUAAAAAGAGUGCCGACCCCAGGCAGAGAGGAGACAUGUACAUACAGGCAUGGUCUGAAACUGCAACUUGGUCUUUCUACUUCUGCCAGCAACCAAAAUAGUUUUAGGCCAAUCAUAAGAUCUCAUCAGAAACAACUGUAGUGGAAAAUAAUACUUUCCUCUUCUAUGUGCUCUCAUGAUUUAGAUUCUUGUAAUCCACUACUUAUUUCAACAAAAUUAUUCUAUUUUUUAUUUAAUGGAUUAAACGUCUGCUGUAUUACUUUGCAAUUUAAGAUAGCUAUUACCAAACAAAAUAGACCAAGGGGUUGUGAGGUGUUGUAUGAACAGAGAACUCCAGCAGUGUGUUAAACAAUAUUAGUCAAAUUUCAAUGUAUGAUACUGAUUGAUACAUAAAUACUUUCAAGCCAGUGAGAGCCAAACUUGUUGAAUGACUCUUAAAUAGAUAAAUACAUUAAGUUUAAGCACUGCUAGGCUAUUUUAACUUUUAAUUCAACCCCAAGCUUAUUUUAUUCAGGGGUAUUUUCUUGGAUAAAAUGUUAGUCUUAUUAUUCCUUUAAUUACAAACUUGUUUAAAGAGUGGAUAAUUUAUCUGCUGAAAAUUGAACUCCCAGUAGCUCUGAUAAAUCACUCCUAGCUUUCUCCUCUGGUCAUUUAUAAGCUCCGCGGCUUGCUUAUUAUAUUUACCAAAUUUGAUCACCACCCACACCCUGGAUGCCAAAUAAUAAACAAACUUUGUAUAAAUGACCUUGUUGAUCUGAUAAGAAUGAUUCACUGUCAAGGGCUGAUUUUCUGAAGAGUCUGAAUAUUUGUAGGAGUUUAAAUUUCCUGAGUUAAAGAAAAGUGAAAGAAAAGCACCAAAAAUACAUAAAAAACUACUACAAACACCCUCACAUUAAAAAAACUACUAUGAUGACCUAAAAUUGGGAUGCUGCAUGUGUAUAAACAUGAUGACUCAAUGAGUUCAUGUACUCAAAUCCAUUUAUAUCUUCCUCUCUGUGCUUGCAGGGAAAAAAUCCCACCUGAGGAAGACCAGCGAGAAAAAGCCGCCUACGAAAGAGUCGAUCGCCAAGCUGCAGCAGUCAGCCAUCUGGAAGAUGGAGAACGAGUUCUAUGAGUUUGCGCUGGAGCAGUUCCAGUUUGUCAGGGCACACGCUGUCAGAGAAAAGGACGGGGAGCUGUAUCUGCUGGCACAAAACUUCUUCUAUGAGAAAAUCUACCCAAAAAACUGAGGAGAUUUAAAAGAAGAGAUCGGCGAGGAAGACACUUGAAAAACAGAAGGAGACUAAGACUGAUAGACUCCUGGUGACUAUGUGGCUGGUUUGUACUUGUGAGUGAGAACAUAAUGCUGGGCUGCAGGACAAUCUGGCCAGUUGAGACAGCAAUCCGGAUGUAAUUCUGGUGCAACCAGAACUGGAUGAGAAGAUCGAGUUUCAUCAGCAGCUUGAGCUCCCAGCAGCACCCCAGGGCCUCCGCUCCCCUACACUUUUAUUUCAAAGGUUGUCCGUGCACAGGGCCUCAUAUUUGGUGAAAGAUUCCCCGACAGCUGAUCAGACCUGGACUCCUGAUUGGCUCUAGUUUGGCCAAAAUAACAUCAUGAGCUCUGUACUGUUUGGUUGUGUUUUAACUCUUUACUAUGGUUGUUUUUUUGUAUGUAAAGACGGUGACAUAUUCCAUGGUGAAACAACAUCCCAUGCUCACCACUACUACUAACUUAAAGAGAUUUUAAGUGUAAAAACUGACUACUGUGCUGUAUUAUUGGACUUGAAUGAGAACUUUUGAGGUUUUUAUGAAAUAAAAAAUCAUUGUGACCAUAUUUUCCAGGAUAGGUGUGUAUGUUUUAUACCUUUCUUGAUAUGAUUAGAUGGAAGACUCUUACAUGUGCAGCUUUUCAUGAGGGUUUUUUGUCCUCACAGUGAGAAAACUAUUACAUGAUGGUGAAUUAAAGAUGCUGCUGCUGUAAAUACCUACUGUGUUUCCAGUCAGUUUAAUUCCCAUUCAGGUCUGUUCAACUAUAAAAUCAACUUUUUUGUGCUGAUACCUCUCUUUCACAGUUACAGUUAGAAUUUCAUUAAAUUUACUUGUGAUUUGUAGACUUUAAGUAUUGAUUAUAUACCCAAACAAGUACCAUAUUUGAAUAUAUGAAUGUUGCUUGGGGAGGUCUCCCAGCCUUUUCCAGAACCAUGCCAUCUUACCAUCCUGGAUUAGAGAAUCGUUAUCACCGUCACUUCAAAAUAAGACCACAGCCAGUCAGCAUAGCACAUAUUGGCACAAAUAAGGGGUCAGCUAGCCUGUUAGUUUGCAUUCAACUCUUAGUAUAACAAUGUAGCUGAUGUACUUCAUUCAGUUUUUGACAACUAGCAAAAAGAUAUUGCCUGCUGAAAAAGUCACCCGGAGGUGCUGGUUUAGCUCAGUUAGUACAGCAGGAGCCCCAUGUAGAGAGACUAUAGCCAAUGUCCCAGAGGUUGUAGUUUUGAUGCACGGCAGCCCCACUUCCUCCUUUUGUAUUUGCUCCUUUAAGGCAAAAAAAGACACAAAAAAUCCCUUUGUUACUUUAGGAUGGAUGUGGACAAUUUGUCUACAUCAGUAUAGUUGUUGGUAAUGUUAUUUUUUUCAUAUGCCCUCUUACUAGUUGGAGGCAAGAUUUGCUCAUUUUCCUCUGUGGCUUUUUAUUUUCUCUUGUUGUCUUUAGGGUUAUUGUGCUUUAGUGCCCUUUUAUUUGCUUAAUUAAAGGUCUUGUCUUUAUAAAUUGCUAACAAGCAUUUGGAAACAUUCAAGCCAUGCUAAUGAGAAGGUAUUUGCUACACCAGAGUGAAAAAGUGGACCAAAAAAAAGGCUGGUCAGACACACAGUCUCAUCAGAAUUACACAAGUCUUUGAAUAUACAGAAUAUACAGAGAAGUAUGAAACCCACUUUGAUCUUAAAAUAGACUGUGUUGUUUAUUUGUGCCUUAUCUUCCUCAGCUUUUCUUGUGUUGCAGCUUUGCCAUGUGGUACAUUAAACAUUACAGCUACCAUGGAUGUACUCACCCUUUUUUUUUUUUUUUUUUUGGCUAAAAAAAUACAUUUAAAAUAUUUCUAAAUGUUUGUGAUCUUUAUUAAUUCUUUUUUUCCCCAAAAACAUAAUCACCAUGUUCAGUAGAGCAGGGAUUAGUGUUGUAACAGUCUAUGAGAAAGUUAAAGCAGGUUCAUUUCAGGGCUAGUUUCCUGUAGAGGGAGAUAAAGAGCUAGCAUGUCCGCUACUGCUUCACAGGGUGUGUGGAAGUGACUGUUUUAACUAUAAGUAAAGGCUAAACUGUAAGAAUAACACGCUGGAUUAUCACGUCGUAGAUUGCAGGUAUAUGUGAUGAGCAUUUUCUUUUCUUCCAGCAAAAGAAAAUUGAAACAAACAAACUAAACCAGGACUUGGUUAUGAGAAGUUGCAGGAGUUGCAGAGAAAGUUUGUAUGCGGGUGUGCUGUCACAUUGUAUUACUCAUCCUGCUCUCAGAUAAUCCUGGUCAGUCAUCAGCUAUGUGCUCAUCCUCAUUAAUCUCAAUUUGUAUUCUACUUCCAGCUUCCUGCUUUUGGCCUCCUGACCCAGAUAAACAUGGACGGUGUCACUCCCCCACACCUCUAUACUCUGGAGCUUCGAUCACAGACUGCUCAUUAAAAGUUUGACUGGUAGCAUUAAGGGUUUAGAGGAAAGUCUUUGGAGGUCUUUUUUCUUCUUAUUUUUAUUUUUUUGUUGUUUUUGUUGUUUUCACAGUUUUAACGGAAAAUCAGAUUUCUCUGCUGCGGAAAACUGUCAUAAAACCACAAACUGCAUGUUUAAACUCUCAUGCAUUAUUUUUAGACAAGGUCAAUAAUACUGCAAACCUCCACUUCUUUAAAUAUUCACAAAGUGUUUUACAUAAAGCAAGAAGAACACCAACAAAGUAACAAGAAAACAAUACAAUUAGGGUGAAAAUAACACAAAAAAGCUGAGACAAAGACUGAAACGAAAGAUACUUCAUCGAAAACUACUCAAAAGGCUUUUUCUGUCAAACUGUAGCUAGAGUAUUUAACUAUUUGAUUUCUUUGUUUUCAUACAAAUGGCACAAGUUUCUAGGUUUUUCACUCUAUGCAGGGAUGAAGAAUCAUUUCAAAUCAAAAGUUCUUAUUCACAACCGCCAUGUUCAUUAACUGUGCAGAAGAAACUUUAAACCAGAGGACUGUUCCUACAUCUAUCUGCUGAUGGUUUAACUGCAUUUAUACUGAGAGUAGAACUAUACAACCCCGUCCAAACUCAAGUGAGCCACAAAAACUCAAAGAUAUAAGUUAUAAGUCAUUAUUAUUGACAUUAAAUCAUGUGCUCAGCAUUAAGUUUUGGCUCAGCAUCAAUAAAAUCCAAACUAUCACUUUCUAUGUUGCAGUCUUCGGAGACUAAUUUUGCAAACACUUGCCAGAAUGUUGCAAAUGAUAAAACAUUUGCAGCAACACAAAAAUGUAUGAAUAUGUCACAAAUUCUGAUAAUUAACAGAAUUCGGUGCAAGACCAGAUUCAAAGCAA